ACUCUUAGCGGAUGCGGACGGUUUUGGAAAUUCGGUUAGAUACGAGUGUUAAGUGUUGAAGUGUAGUGAAAAUAGCAAUAAAAGAAAGAGUAUAAUUUGCUUACUUAUGUUAUUGCUUUGGCUGCUAUGAAUAGAGUUGCAAAUAUUUCUACCUGCCGUUUAAAAUGAGUGUUAAAAGCUUAACCCCAACAUGGGGUCAUCAAAGGCAACGGCAACGGCAACGUCAGCAGCAGCAACAGCAGUUGGAACGUUUGCAAUUUUUCAAUGUUGCCAACAGUAUUGUGUUUACCAACAAAAUGUGGUUUACAAUUGCCAUCAUAUUCAUCAUAUGCUUAGAUGUGCAUUGUCAAGAUAAAAUGUACAGUUUGACAGAGAAGCAGCGCUAUGACGGCUGGUAUAAUAAUUUAGCGCAUCCAGACUGGGGAUCAGUAGACAGUCAUUUGGUGCGAAAAGCACCACCCUCAUAUACGGAUGGUGUAUAUUCCAUGGCCGGUUCAAAUCGUCCAUCCACGAGACGGCUAAGUCGAUUAUUUAUGGGCGGACGUGAUGGCUUGGCAUCCAAGCACAAUCGUACCGCCUUUUUAGCAUUUUUCGGACAAGUUGUGGCGAAUGAGAUUGUGAUGGCUUCCGAAUCGGGCUGCCCCAUUGAGAUGCAUCGCAUUGAGAUAGAAAAAUGUGAUGAAAUGUAUGAUCGUGAAUGUCGCGGUGAUCGUUAUAUACCAUUCCAUCGUGCCGCAUACGAUCGUGAUACCGGACAGAGUCCGAAUGCGCCGCGUGAGCAGAUAAAUCAAAUGACUGCUUGGAUUGAUGGCAGUUUCAUUUACAGCACCUCCGAGGCGUGGCUAAACGCUAUGCGUUCGUUCCACAAUGGCACGCUGCUGACGGAAAAGGGCGGCAAAAUGCCCAUCAAGAAUACGAUGCGUGUGCCGCUCUUCAAUAAUCCAGCGCCGAAUGUGAUGAAGAUGCUCAGUCCGGAACGUCUAUUUUUGCUCGGCGACCCACGUACAAAUCAAAACCCGGCUGUGCUCUCUUUUGCCAUAUUAUUUUUACGUUGGCAUAAUACGCUUGCGCAACGCAUCAAACGCGCACAUUCCGAUUGGAGCGAUGAGGAUAUUUUCCAACGUGCCCGGCACAUGGUGAUAGCAAGUUUGCAGAAUGUUAUUAUGUAUGAAUAUCUGCCGGCUUUCCUGGGCUCUGAAGUGAAACCCUACGAGGGUUACAAACAGGAAAUACACCCCGGCAUUGGACAUAUCUUUCAAGCUGCUGCGUUUCGCUUCGGUCACACAAUGAUACCGCCAGGCAUAUAUCGUCGUGAUGCUAAGUGUAAUUACAAGAAGACGCCCAUGGGUUAUCCCGCAAUACGUUUGUGUUCCACUUGGUGGGACUCCAGUGAUUUCUUCACAGAUACCACAGUGGAAGAGGUGCUACUGGGUAUGUCUUCACAGAUUGCGGAACGUGAGGAUCCCGUACUGUGCACCGAUGUGCGCGAUAAAUUAUUUGGUCCCAUGGAAUUCACACGACGUGACCUGGGCGCUUUGAAUAUUAUGCGUGGUCGUGACAAUGGUCUACCUGAUUAUAACACAGCGCGUGAGUCGUUUGGUCUACCUCGUCGCAAUGACUGGAAGGAAAUCAAUCCUGAGUUGUUUGAGAAGAAUCCCGAGUUGUUAAGAAUGCUGAUCUCAGCUUAUAAUGAUCGCUUGGACGACGUAGACGUCUACGUCGGUGGUAUGCUGGAAUCGUAUGGCCAACCGGGUGAGCUCUUUACGAUCGUAAUAAAGGAACAGUUCGAGCGUUUGCGUGACGCUGAUCGAUUUUGGUUCGAAAACGAGCGCAGCGGUGUUUUUACGCGCGAGGAAAUCGAGGAUUUACGCAAAAUAACCAUGUGGGAUAUUAUAGUGAAUAGCACAGAUAUCAAUAACUCCGAUAUACAACAUGACGUGUUUAUGUGGCGCGAAGGGGAUCCUUGCCCACAGCCCAUGCAACUGAACGCAUCCGAGCUGGAGCCGUGCCAAUACCUCGAGGGCUACGAUUACUUUUCCGGCUCUGAGUUGAUGUUCAUUUAUGCUUGUGUUUUUCUCGGUUUCGUGCCCAUACUAUGCGCUGGCGCUGGUUACUGUGUGGUCAAGUUGCAAAACAGCAAGCGACGUAAGCUGAAAAUACGCCAAGAAGCACUGCGUUCGACGCAAAAUAAGGGUUCGGUCGAUAAGAUGUUGGCACGCGAAUGGCUGCAUGCGAAUCACAAACGUUUGGUAACGGUGAAAUUUGGACCCGAAGCGGCUAUUUACACGGUGGAUAGAAAGGGUGAAAAACUGCGCACAUUCAGUUUGAAGAACUUCGAAGUGAUAACGGUGGAAGAGUCGUCAACGAAUCACAUCAAGAAGAAGCCAUAUAUAUUGCUGCGUGUGCCUAACGAUCACGAUUUGGUGCUAGAACUGGAAUCUUAUGGCGCGAGACGCAAAUUUGUUAAGAAACUGGAGGAUUUUCUCUUUCUACAUAAAAAAGAAAUGACACUGGUUGAGGUGAAUCGUGAAAUCAUGCUGGCGCGCGCCGAGACGCGUGAGCGACGUCAGAAGCGUUUGGAGUAUUUCUUUCGCGAAGCGUAUGCGCUAACAUUCGGCCUGCGUCCAGGUGAGCGUAGACGACGUUCAGACGCUUCCACCGAUGGCGAAGUGAUGACCGUUAUGCGCACCAGUCUGUCGAAAGCCGAAUUUGCCGCAGCGCUCGGCAUGAAACCGAAUGAUAUGUUCGUGCGUAAAAUGUUCAAUAUCGUGGACAAAGAUCAAGAUGGACGCAUUAGUUUUCAAGAGUUUCUCGAGACUGUGGUGCUCUUCUCGCGUGGCAAGACCGACGAUAAGUUGCGUAUUAUAUUCGAUAUGUGUGACAAUGAUCGUAAUGGCGUUAUCGACAAAGGUGAAUUGAGCGAAAUGAUGCGUUCGCUUGUGGAAAUGGCGCGUACCACAAGUUUGGGUGAUGAUCAAGUGACGGAAUUGAUUGAUGGCAUGUUCCAAGAUGUGGGUUUGGAGCAUAAAAAUCACUUAACCUAUCAGGAUUUCAAAUUGAUGAUGAAAGAGUAUAAGGGUGACUUUGUUGCCAUUGGUUUGGAUUGUAAAGGUGCAAAACAGAAUUUUCUCGAUACAUCGACUAAUGUGGCACGUAUGACCUCAUUCAAUAUCGAGCCAAUGCAGGAGAAGCCCAGACAUUGGAUGCAAGAGAAAUUGGAUUGCUAUAUAACAUUCUUGGAGGAAAAUCGGCAGAAUAUAUUCUAUUUAUUCCUAUUUUACGUUGUGACCAUUGUUUUGUUCGUCGAACGCUUCAUACACUACUCAUUUAUGGCUGAGCAUACGGAUUUACGGCAUAUUAUGGGCGUCGGCAUUGCCAUAACACGUGGCUCAGCGGCAUCGCUGUCCUUCUGCUACUCGCUUUUACUACUCACAAUGUCUCGUAAUCUUAUUACCAAGUUAAAGGAGUUCCCCAUACAACAAUAUAUACCACUCGACGCGCACAUACAAUUCCACAAGAUCGCCGCUUGUACAGCGCUCUUUUUCACGGUACUGCAUACGAUCGGUCACAUUGUAAAUUUCUAUCAUGUCUCUACACAAUCUCACGAGAAUUUACGUUGUCUUACGCGUGAGGUGCACUUUGCCUCCGACUAUAAGCCGGAUAUUUCAUUUUGGCUUUUCCAAACGGUUACCGGCACCACUGGCGUACUGCUCUUCAUUGUGAUGUGUAUCAUUUUCGUUUUCGCCCAUCCCACGGUACGCAAGAAGGCAUACAAAUUCUUUUGGAACACUCACCAGCUGUACGUGGCGCUCUACUUGCUCUCACUCAUACACGGCUUGGCACGCAUCACCGGACCGCCACGUUUCUGGAUGUUCUUCCUUGGACCAGGCAUUAUUUAUACGCUCGACAAGAUUGUCUCGCUGCGUACAAAGUAUAUGGCACUGGAUGUUAUUGAGACGGAUCUCUUGCCAUCGGAUGUUAUUAAAAUCAAAUUUUACCGUCCACCCAAUCUUAAAUAUCUCUCCGGUCAGUGGGUACGUUUGUCGUGUACUGCCUUCCGUCCACACGAAAUGCACAGUUUCACGUUGACCUCAGCACCGCAUGAAAAUUUUCUAAGUUGUCAUAUAAAAGCGCAAGGACCUUGGACUUGGAAAUUACGCAAUUAUUUUGAUCCUUGCAAUUAUAAUCCGGAGGAUCAACCGAAAAUACGCAUAGAAGGUCCGUUUGGUGGUGGCAAUCAGGAUUGGUAUAAAUUCGAGGUUGCGGUCAUGGUGGGCGGUGGCAUUGGUGUUACGCCUUACGCGUCUAUGCUGAACGAUUUGGUAUUUGGCACCAGCACAAAUCGGUACUCGGGUGUGGCAUGCAAAAAGGUGUAUUUCCUUUGGAUUUGCCCCUCGCAUAAGCACUUCGAGUGGUUCAUUGAUGUGCUGCGUGAUGUUGAGAAGAAGGAUGUGACAAAUGUGCUGGAAAUACAUAUUUUCAUAACACAAUUCUUCCACAAGUUCGAUCUGAGAACCACUAUGCUCUAUAUUUGUGAGAAUCACUUCCAACGUCUAUCGAAGACCUCGAUCUUUACGGGUCUGAAAGCAGUAAAUCAUUUUGGACGCCCCGAUAUGUCGAGUUUCUUGAAAUUCGUCCAAAAGAAACACUCCUAUGUUUCUAAAAUUGGCGUUUUUUCAUGCGGACCACGUCCCUUGACGAAGAGUAUAAUGUCCGCUUGUGAUGAGGUGAAUAGAACGAGGAAGCUACCAUAUUUCAUACAUCAUUUCGAGAACUUCGGUUAACGGUUUUGAAUUUUGAAAUAUUCACCGCUGCAAUGCAUCAUCAUCACAUUUACGGUAGUUCAAUAAGAGAGUAAAAGAGAAAUCAUAAAAUGCUGCUACAACCUGAAUGUGUAGAUAAAACAUUUUCACUCAUUAAAUUAAUUAAAAAAAAAUAAAUAAAUAUUUUUUAUUAUUGCCUUUAGAACGAAGCAUGUAAACAAAGGAGUAAAGUGAAAAUUAAAUUAAAAUUAAUUAAACAAAAAAAAAAA